CUAUAAUUUACAAAACACAAGAGUCAAAACUAGUUAGCAUAGAGAAAAAGUUGGGUUACAUUUGGGUGGGUGGGUUGCAAUCGUACCGAAUAGUCGCGGGAUUUUGGGUGUUAAGCGUUGAAAUUAAUGAUAGUUUCAGGGCUUACUCUAAGCCUCCAUCCCCGUUUGUGGCUUUAUGCUCUUUCACUCACUUCUAUUUCUUUCAUCUUUAAUUGUGACUCUCAAACCAAACUCAAAAUGGUAUAAGACAAGUUGAAAAUUUUCGUGUGAAGAGUUGUGAAAACAUGAUGGUUGGGUAUUUCAUGCGGAGAAUGACAGUGUCAAUGUCAUGGCAGAACAAGGCACUUAGACAGAGAAGCUCAUUUACAACCAUGACCCAUAAUAGUAUCCUCAAGGACAGUAGCCAUGGCUGCCAAAUUCUUAUGUCCCCAACUCUUGUCUCCUUAGACUCCCCUGACAUUUGGGCUUCCAACAAUCAUCAUACCCAUUACCAAUUUUCAUCGAAUCGAAAUUUCUCCAAUGAGCAGACUGCUGCAGUAAUUAAUGGCCAGUUGAUGGCAGAUGAAAUCAGGUCAAAAAUAGCUUGUGAGGUGAGGAGAAUGGAGGAUUCCAUUGGAAAUGUUCCUGGCUUAGCUGUAAUUAUGGUUGGAGACAGAAGGGACUCGCAAACAUAUGUUCGCAACAAAAUUCUUGCUUGUGAAGAAGUAGGAAUGGUAUCAACCGUAACUGCACUCCCAAAUGAUUGCACAGAACAUGAAUUACUUAGUGCCGUGGCGAGUUUUAACGUUGAUCCAUCUGUUCAUGGGGUCCUUGUGCAGCUUCCUCUGCCUCAGCAUUUGGAUGUCAGAAAAAUUUCAGAUGUGCUGAGCCUAGAAAAAGAUGUAGAUGGUUUCCAUCCAAUCAACAUAGGAAAUAUUGCCAUGAGAGGGAGGGAGCCAUUAUUCAUUUCCUGUACUCCAAAAGGUUGCAUCGAGCUGUUAAUCAGGUCUGGCAUUGAAAUAAUGGGGAAGAAAGCUGUUGUGAUAGGAAGAAGUAACAUCGUUGGAUUGCCUGCAUCAUUGCUGUUGCAGAGGCACCAUGCCACAGUUAGUAUUGUCCAUGCAUUCACAGAAAACCCGGAACACAUCACGCGUGAAGCUGACAUUUUAAUCACCGCUGUGGGAAUGCCUAAGCUGGUGCGCGGAAAUUGGCUAAAGCCUGGUGCUGUUGUUAUAGAUGUGGGAACUAGUCCAAUAGAGGAUGCCAGCUGCGAGUUAGGCUACCGUCUAAUGGGAGAUGUUUGUUAUGAAGAAGCAGUGAGGGUGGCAUCCGCUGUCACCCCGGUUCCUGGAGGAAUCGGACCUAUGACCAUUGCCAUGCUCCUAUGUAACACCCUUGAUGCUGCAAAGCGUGCACAUAAUUUCAUUUGAGUUGGGAAAUUUGCCGAGCAGCAAUCUUACUUCUCACAUCUGCCUCAGUUUUGUUGCCAAAGUAAGCCGAAACAAAAUAAGAGCAUUUCUAAUAGAGUGUCAAACUUCUUUAAAGAAAAAAGAAUUGCGCAAAUUUAGGAUAUGUUUAAAGGUGUGUUAAAUUUAGCACUAAGUCUAUGACACUGCAUAAAUGUUGUUUUUUUUCUUGAUUACAAUUUUGUCACUAAUUAUUUGAUGAUAGUUUUAUUUUAAAAAAUAAAUAAAUUAAUGAUAGGUUUUUAUUCAUAUGUUUUAGUACAAUGUUGCCACUAGUUAGUUUUCUAAUUUGUGUUAUAAAUUUCUGGUGUAUAUUGGAGAAUAAUUAUAAUUAUAUUGCUAAAAAAAUAAAGUAAUUUGUAGUGUAAAUUUUUAAA